AUGAAUCCACAAGGUGACAGUAUCCCCAAGGAGCAGACUACUGGCCUCGCCGCAAGUGCUGUUGCUAAGCGCUUCCAACUCUGGGCCCCAGGACUUUUCUCUACUGAGCGACACUUAGCCAAGCGUCUCAAGAGCAACAGCUUUUACCCCUUCAACCAGCAGCAGCCGGAUGUCUUUGUGUUCGAGUACUACCUGGACACACUCUGGAAGGGGACACUGCUCUUUAUCUUCUGCCUCGUCUUGGUUUCCUGUGACGUCCUGAGACAGGUAGAGAGGCAGGAGACCUGGUGCUUUCCAGCCUAUGGCAUGGUUGUAGGCCUGUGGCUCAUGGUCUCCUCAUUGCCCCGGCGCCGCCUAGUUCUGAACCAUUCACGUGGCAUGUACCAUUUCUCCAUCCACGGCCGAACUGUACAUCAGGGGCCGAUGCAUCUGGUCUAUGUGCGCCUGGCACUCAGCUCUGACGCCUAUGGAAGGUGUUUCUUCCAGCUGGUCCUUUGUGGAUACAAGCUAGAGCCGCUUGUGCUGGUGCAACUGUCAGAGCGCUAUGAGCAAAUGGAAUUCCUGGGCCGGCACAUUGCCCGGAAACUCAACAUCAACUACUUUGACUACCUGGCCUCCUCCUACCACCAUGUAGUCCGCCACUGGCCACUGGGGGCCACCUUUAGCCCUGGCAUUGUGCAGCGAAAAACACAAGUCUACACUAAGCCGAGUGACAGCGACCUGGAUGUGUAACCUGGGCCCGAACCCCAGCCUCCUUUUGACUACUCUCCCCCUUAUCCCCAUCCUGGAGGAACUGCCAGCCAGCCCCUGGCCUCCCUGUAACUAAAGCUGCUUCAGCCUCCAGCCAGGACCUCUUCUGUUUGUUUUUGAGGGGCCUUCCUUUUAGGGUCUCCCCCUUGCAUAGACCUUCCAGGGUCCAGGGAACUCCAUCCCAGCAGCUGCUGAAGCAAAUCCCAGAGUUUGGGGAAGAGGAUCAUGUAACCAGGCCUGUGAGUGUCUGAACUCACCACCAGGCUCAG